AUGCCCACGGGGGGUGCAGCGACGCGCGGGGUGGACGCGCGGGUCCGCUCCGGGCGGGCGCGGGGCGCUCCCGGCCGGUCCCGGGGCGGGGCGGGCGGCAGGAAGGGGCAGAGCCGAGCGCGGCGCACAAAGCCCGGGGCCCGCGGGGUCCGUGGCGUGUCGCGGCGCGAUGGGGCUGGCGGCGGCGCGGGGCUGGGCGCUGUCCCCGCUGUCCCCGGGCCCGGCGGAGCGCAGCCGGCCCUACGCUGUGCUGCAGCACCAGAACCUGGUGCUGCUCGGCAGCAUCCUCAGCGCUCUCCUGCUCACCAUCAUCCUCAUGGCCAUCUGUGUCUACCGGCCCGUCCGGCGGCGGUAGCGGAGCGGGACCCGCCGGGGCAUCGAGAGAAUGCUGCAUCCCACCCGGUUAUCCCACCUGGCAUCCAUCAUCCCAGCACCGCUUCGGUCCUGCCGGGUCUCCCGUCUGGUACCCGCCAUCCCGGCGCUGCUCCGGACCCAGCAGGUUCUUCCCUCCGGUACCCACCGUGCCACCGCCGCUCCGGUCCCGCCCGGUUCUCCCCUCCGGUCCCCGCCGUGCCACCGCCGCUCCCGUCAGCUGCUGGGGAUGCCCUGAGGAUUCCAGUGCGGCUUUUCGCCCAUCUCUGCCCGUGCUGUAUCACAGGGCUCCAUGGUGAUGUGGCUUCCAGCAGCGCUCUGGCCGGGUGCUGGAAAUCACCCCCUCCCUCAGCUGACAGACUCCUGGAGCUCCUGGGCUGUGUCCGCAGCAAACCCGCCCGCCUCCCAAAUCGCAGCAAAUUUCGGCGAGGCUGAUCCGACACCGAGUGCUCGAGAGCAUCCCCUGGGCUGGCACAAGAACAGGGCGACACUGGGGACAUUGUCCGAGGAGCAGCUCCACGUGCUCAGUCACACCACCUCUACUUUUUGCUUUCUGGUUAAUUCAGGUCCUUGUUUGAACGCUGAGUCCUGGGGGUUGGAUGGGGCUUGGAGCACACCUGGGGUAGUGGGGGGUGUCCCUGUCAGGGCAGGGGGUAGCACAGGAUGAGCUUUAAGGUCCCAUUCAAAAAUAUUCCAAAGGUAAAAGCUCGGUGACCCAGCCAGCAGUGGGUGGAGGGUCUGGGCCAUUCUUGCCUCUGAGCAGAAACACUGAUUUAUGACCUGAUCCUGCUGUAGUUUUCCCAAGCUAGACUUCUCAUUCCCGACGUUAUUUGCUUUAACUCCUGGCUAAAAAGCCCCAAAUAACCUCCCAUCAAACCAGCCCUGCUGAACCUCUUGGGAACUGGGGUGCAGGUGAGGGAUUCCAGCAUGUGCUGGUCAGUGUCCUCCUGGCAACAGGAGCCUCCAAAGGUCUGCAAGCCAGGCAGAUGCUCUGGAAGAGUCUGAGCUCCAGCCAGACCCAUUUUAUGCAGUUUCAGUAACAAGUGUUUACACUGAAUCCCACUUCCAUACAAAUGCUGCUAUUUUGUUUUGCACUGCUAUAAGUAGUAACUGGAUUUUACUAAUUAUUACUUUGAUAUUUAACAUAGGGGUGUUUUGCUUAGUAAUUUAUUUAGAGUUCUAAAAUGUAACUUCCAGAACAAUUGUUGUUAACCUGUUCUCAAACCCUCGUGCUGUAUCUGAGGUGUUUUCUGUUCUGUUUCAAGGACACUGAGUGCUGGCAUUGAACAGGGAUUUUGUUUUGAGAAAUGACAGAGUGAGCCUGGCCUCGAACAGAUGGAGCUGUUAAUCCAAGAGUGAGGCAGCAAGGCAGCACUGCUCUCCCUAUUGCUUUCUGCUCCUCCUUUUGCUCACUGAUUCCUGUGUUCCUGGUUUUUCUCGGUCCUUCACUGCUGUGAAGCCUGGCCUGCAGCCCGUGCUGCUCGUGGGGGUGGAUGGUGGAGCUCCCAGCCUCAGCUCUGCAUUCCCAGGCAGAAUUCCUGUUUGCUCUCAUGCCUCACUCCCUGCUAUGCCUCUUUGUACAAAUAAAACGCUCAGUAAACAAU